AUGAACCCUUGCUGUUUUUUCUUCCUCCUCCUUCCUUGGUCUCUGAUCGAGUUGCCCCUCCUCCACGGUCAGACUAACUUCCACCCCGAUCUUCUCAUCUUUGGCACAAAAUCCUUCUACACCUUCACCCUCAACCUCACCAUCUUCUUGCUAGUCGUGAAGACCACUGCUCUCACUAUGAACGUUGCCGGUGUCAUCAAGGAUGGGCUCCUCAUUGCCUUCUCCUGUUGGAUCCGUCAAGCGACAGGAUGCACCGGUUGUGGCGGCUGCAGCGGCAGCUCCCGUCUGUCCCCGGGGCGGCUGAUGCUGGCACGGUCGUGCCGUGCCUUGGAGCCUACCAAGAGAGAUGAUUCGGCCGUCCACACCGCAGCGGCGGUGGAAGCGUCCGACACCGCGGUGGGAGAGGAAGACAUCGUCGAUUAUGAGAAGCUGGGUAAGGAGCUCGAGAUCACUUCACCGCUGGAGAUCAUAGAUCGGGCUCUGGAGAUGUUCGGCAAUGAAAUCGCCAUUACUUUCAGAUUAUUCUCAUCUUUGGAAGCCUUUAGACAGAAGAUUGUAACUGACAUGGGAGUUUUUUGGAACAACGGAGCAGAGGAUGUAGCUUUGAUAGAAUAUGCAAAAUUAAUUGGUUGGCCAUUUAGAGCCUUCAACCUUGAUACUGGGAGGCUAAAUCCUGAGACAUAUAGGUUCUUUGAUACUGUAGAGAAACACUACGGGAUCAACAUCGAGCACAUGUUUCCUGAUGUAGGGGAAGUACACGCCCUUAUUAGAAGCAAAGGCCUCUUCUCCUUUUUCGAAGAUGGGCACCAAGAAUGUUGCCAAAUGAGGAAAGUGAGACCUCUAAGGAGAAUGCUGAAAGGCCUCCGUACAUGGAUCACUGGGCAGAGAAAGGAUCAUUCCCCUGGCACGAGAGCCAAUAUCCCUGUCAGGGGAAUGGUUGGCUGA